AUGACAUUCCCUGUGCUGGUGGCAAUUUUAAUCAUUUUUCCUGUUGAUCUGACAGUGGAGCAACCUCUGGACACUGAUGAUCCACCUCAGCAUAUGUCAGGAAGAAGGCCUGACCUCCCAAGAACACCCAUCACACGCUCAUAUGGAGAAUUCACAGUUUCACCACUGCCCACGUCUGACUCCCCACUUGAACCGCAGUCAAACCCAGGAAGAGCGCGAAGAAAACGGAAAAUGUCUGUGACAAGGAAAGGUGAGGAGUGGGAGGACAGGAACUGCAGACUUCGCGCCAUCCAGCUGCGUGUUCAAGAUCUGGGGCUUGGUUACCAGUCAGAUGAAAUUGUCCUCUUCAAGUACUGCAGUGGAAACUGCCCCCUGGCCAGGACCAACCAUGACCUGACCCUUUCGCUGCUGCUAAGGAAAACCGCCCUUCUGAACACGUCACAGGAGAAGAUUGUCAGUGAUCCGUGCUGCCGCCCCACUCAGUUCAAGGAUGUCACCUUUCUGGACAUUAACAAUCACUGGCACACAGUGGAAAAGCUUUCAGCCUCUGAGUGCAGCUGCAUUGGAUAA